CGGUCGGCUGCAGGCUGCCGGACAGAGUGGCCCACAGAGCCGCCCAGGGAGGUCGUCCAGGCUUACUCUGUGCCAGCUCUGCCUCAAGCCGCCAGCAUAGGCCAAGGCCCAGGGCGUGCGCUGGCCGCCGUCAUGCCCGCCGCGUCUCCCACGGGGCCCUGGGCCCCCGCGGCCCCCAACGCCACGGCGGCGGCAGCGGCGGCGGCGGCGGCGGCGGCCAACGUCAGCGUGCCCGAGGUGCCCCUGUUCCACCUGUUCGCCCUGCUGGACGAGGAGCUGCACGCCGCCUUCCCGGGCCUGUGGCUGGCACUGAUCGCGGUGCACGGCGUCAUCUUCCUGGCGGGGCUGGUGCUCAACGGCCUAGCGCUGUACGUCUUCUGCUGCCGCACGCAGGCCAAGACGCCCUCGGUCGUCUACACCAUCAACCUGGUGGUGACCGACCUGCUGGUGGGGCUGUCCCUGCCCACGCGCUUCGCCGUAUUCUACGGCGCGCGCGGCUGCCUGCGCUGCGCCCUCCCCCACGUCUUCGGCUACUUCCUCAACAUGCACUGCUCCAUCCUGUUCCUCACCUGCAUCUGCGUCGACCGCUACCUGGCCAUCGUGCAGCCCGACGGCUCGCGCCGCUGGCGCCAGCCUGCCUGCGCCAGGGCCGUGUGCGCCUUCGUGUGGCUGGCGGCGGGCGCUGUGACCCUGUCCGUGCUGGGCGUGAGAGCCGGCGGCGGGCCUUGCUGCCGCAUCUUCGCGCUGACCGUCCUGGAGUUCCUGCUGCCCCUGCUGGUCAUCAGCGUGUUCACGGGCCGCAUCGUGUGCGCGCUGUCGCGGCCGGGCCUCCUGCGCCAGGGCCGCCAGCGCCGCGUGCGGGCCAUGCAGCUGCUGCUGACCGUGCUCGUCAUCUUCCUCGUCUGCUUCACGCCCUUCCACGCCCGCCAGGUGGCCGUGGCGCUGUGGCCCGGGAUGCCGAGCCACGCCAGCCUCGUGGCCUACCACGUGGCCGUGACCCUCAGCAGCCUCAACAGCUGCAUGGACCCCAUCGUCUACUGCUUUGUCACCAGCGGCUUCCAGGCCACCGUCCGAGGCCUCUUCCGCCGGCGCGGGGCGGAGCGCGAGCCCCACGGCAGCACCGUGGUCGGCAUGCAGAGGAGCUCGCGAGCCUCGGGCCGCAAGCACAUCCCGGGCCCCGGCCCCGGCCCCGGCGCCUUCACCCAGGACCUGGCUAAUGGGCCAGAGGCUUAGUGGGCAGGACUCUGCAAGGGGACCGAAGGCCAGGACUGGACUGGGCAGGCCGGGUCGAGGACGCUUGCCCUGGGGGUGGGGGCGGGGGUGGGGCGGUGGGGGCGGGAUCGGCUUCACCUGGAUCGAUUGGUGAUGGCUGUGCCCGGCACGCUGCUCAGUGCCGUGGUUGAUUAGCGAUGUCUGCCGCGGCCCCGGAGGGGCCGUCUAAGGCUGACCGUUUACCUACCGUCUGGGGUGUAUGCUGCGUCCAGCAAAGACUCAGAGGGGUGGCCAGGAGCUGCUUCUCUACUGGUGCACGUUCACCCGCUCAGCGAGCAGGGGGCAGGCAGCGGUUGCCGUGGGCUCGGACCCACGCAGGGGGCCCACCCAUGCCCCCACCCCACUCCCGCUCCCGUGGACAGGCAGGCCGCGGUGGGGAGCACUGGACGGGGAGAAGCGUGGCUGGAUGGGGCUCAUCACUCUGCUGUCUGGCACCCUCUGAGGCCGGAGGCGGCUGGAGAGGAGGAAACUGAGGCUUGGAGCUGUAAUGGAGCUAGCAUUCUCCACCCAGUCCUGCCUGGUUCCGGGGCCAAGGCCACCCCCACCCUCUGACCGUGGCAGGAGCCAGGAAAGUUGUGAAAGGAGGGUGUGGCCUGGCACGGGAGGGAGGAGGAGAGCCGGCCAAAAAGUGGACCGGAGAGGGAAAGGGGGGGGGGCAGGCCUGGGGAAACAGCUCGCCCGGCCUCACUCUCCCUGCCGGUUCCCUGGGUCGUGUCACCACGCUGCCUCCCAUUUCCACGUGACCACCUGCCCCUCGGAGCCUCCCCAGACCUCCUCGUCAGGCCCCUCCCCCACGCUGGCAGCCUCUCCCCCAUCGGGCUCCCUUUUUUUUCAGUGUCUGCCCAGCACCAGCCGGGACUGUCCACCUCUCAGGUCCCUUCCCCUCCUCUGGCCCUGGGGCCAGCCUGCCGGAAUCCCUACCAUGCCUCCCUAGGACAGACCACAUGGCCCAGCCAUCCCUCAGGACGGGGCCCCUCCCCGACCAUCAGGCUUGGCCCCUUGCUGAGCCCUCAGGGACACUGCAGCCCCCACCCCCUUCCUGGGAGUCCAAAGCCUGGUGGCACAGCUGGGGUGCUCUGCGUCCUCUGCUGCUGCAAGUGGGACCAGCCAGGCAGGGGCAUCCAGGAGGGCUUCCUGGAAGAGGAAGCUCCGGGCCCUUCCCUCCCCGUCCUCACCUGGCCCACCUGGCUCCCCCCCCCCCCACUCCUGGCUGGGCCUCUCCUUGAGGUUGUGGUACCGGGAGCUUUUCAAGUAUCGAGUACCCCCGGAGCCUCCGCAGGCUGGUGGGGCCAGGACAUUUCACCCCCAUGUUGCAGGUGAAGAGCCUGAGGCCCAGCAGGAGCCUCCCGCCCAGACGGCAGGUGCCCCAGGCCAGACACGGCCCUGGCCCUGCUCCAGAGGCGGCAUAGGAGGAGCUGGGGAGCCUGGCAAGCACUCCCCGACUAGUGAUUAAAUUGAGCUCAUGAAGGACGUAAGGCCUCCCCAGGAAGGCUCCAGCACAUUCUUUCACUCCACAGCGUCCUGUCCCUUCCCUGUGCCACAGGUAAUCUGCGGGUUUCUCUUCCUACAGGACACCUGCCCUGCCCCCCGCCCCCUGCCCCCACUCUUCUGGGUUAAGCCCUAUCUUUGAGCCUCCCCGGGACACGCACACAUGGUAGGCAGGGGAGCAAUGAGAAAGGCUCAGGGCUCAGGGGGCACAUCCUGGGCUCAGGCCUGGGGGCGGGAUUCCUCCCUGGGUUCUGCCAGGGGUCUUGAGUGAGCCCCUCCCAGACUGGCCCCAGCUCCUCCAGCAGAUCCGCUGGGAACACCAGAGGGACAAGUGUGUAUGGGGCCCGGGGCCACCAGGUGGCGCUGCUGGCCCGGGAGAGGCAGCCGAGGUGUCCACCACCCGCCGGACCGGGGCGGGCCAGCAGCGACCCUCUGGAUUCACCUCUGCCACCUGACCUUCAGAGGGACGGCCCCAGAGUCGGCAACACUGGAAGGCUGCCUGGAGGGGCUGCAGCUUCCUGACCCAGCCGGGGAGAAGCUUGGCACUGAGUCGAGAAGCCCCUGGUCCCUCUGACUCGGGCACCUUCCAGGAAGCCCCUCGCCCCGGUCCCCGAUCUCCCUACCUAACACAGGGGAGGCUAGGCGAGGGGGCCACAGAGGGGACAGGGCGGCUGCUGAGCCAGCACCUCCCCACGCCCCCCCACAGGGAUAGGGCUGUGUCUCUAGGACACGCAGGGUGGGAGGCUCUGUGGGCCUGGCCCCCGUUCCCCAGACACGGCGUCCUCUCCCUGCUAUGCAGCCUGCAUCCCGCCCGCGAUUCAGGGGAGCUGAACCUCCUAAGACCAUACGUGGUCCCCAGGCCAGGAGCCUCAUUCACUAUCUCGUGAGUCCAGAGAGGGCCAGACAGCUGCCCUGAGUCACACAGCCUGGCAGUGGAGCCCGCUGUGUGGGCGGGAGAGAGAAACACACCCGAGGGCUGGGAUGUCCUGACAAGCAGUACCGUGCUUUUCCAACCGCAGCGUUGGCAAUGCCCCAAAGCCAGGCCGCGAGGAAGCGGGAGACAGACAGACGGACGGAUGCCGGGGGAGACUGGACUGGAUAUAAGUUACUCAGGGCUCCCCGGCCUCUCCAGUCAGGCGGAGGGGGACAGACCCUGUCUACUGGACACAGGGAGACAGCGCCCGGCAGCGCCCGGCAGCCCCCGGCCCGACAGCCGGGCUGGCACCGUCUCCGUCCGCCCACCACCCGUCCACACCGCGCUCCGCACUGGGCCAGGCGGCAGCCCCCACCCCAGCUCAGCUGUGGAGGGCAGCCUGGCCCGAGUGGGACAGGCACAAGGCCAGCUCCGGCCAGCUCUGCCCAGCGCCUGGAUUCCUGGAGAGGCCCGCUAGCUCCUUAGGUUGUCGCAAUGAAAAUGCAGGGAGAGGGGCACACCUUGAACUUACGACCACUCACCCGUCGGUGAGAAUGGUCCGUCGAUCAGUCAUUCAACAAGCAUUUACGGGGACCUGCUCUGCCGCCUGGCGUAAAAUUGGAGGAUGCCGCAAGGAGUGAGGCACAGUCCCCGCCUCGGUCCCUGUCUCUAAUCCAGCGUGGCAAGGUCCUGGCAGCGGUCCACACUGCCGGAGGGCUGGGGCAGGCUUUCCAGAGGAAGUCACGCUUAGCUGGGUUUUGAAGGAUGAAUAGGAGUUUGCCUCUCAGAGAAACAAGUGAGGGCAUCUCUAGCAGCAGACGCUGUGGGGGUCGAGGCUCGGAGGUAUGGAGGUGCAGGCCAGCGACGGCAAGCCCGGGGGCCAAAAGCCUGGCCGAAAGGCAGAGGGACCUCAGGCAGGUCACUUCUCUCUCUCUCGCCCUCAGUUCCCUUGUCUAUAGAAUGAGGAUAAAAUGCCACCUCCCAAUGAGAUAAUGGCUGUGGAAAGUGCCAGGCAAACGCUAAUGUUCCCUAUUUAAUUUUCCAUGUUCUUUUUUUGAGGCCAGGGUUAUUUCUGUCCACACUUAGCUAUUUCCAGGCCCAGGGCUCGUCCUUUCCCACAGAGGACUCCCCCCUCCCAGGCCACGGUGGGAGGACGGGUAGGGGGCACGAGGCACAGAGACAGAAUCCGUCUUCCAGUGAGAGCAGCACGGACCCCCUGGAUGGGGCAGAGGCAGGCCGAGCCCUCCCCUCCCCUCCCCUCCCCAGGGAGGCCAGGGGCACACACACAGCUCCGGUUCCAAGCCCCCUUUUCCAGAUGAAGUGGGACCGAGUCCCAAAAGAUGUCAGGGGAAGGGGACAAGAAGCAUUUACCCACAUGAAUGAUGUCAUCACUGCCUGCCGGGAAACCGCCCCACUGCUGCUGCCCGGCCCGCAGAUGAGCCUCCCCGUUGCCAUGGUGACAGCCCUGGUGGGCCCCGCGGCCCCUCCCUGGCCACCCCGCACCCACCUCGCCCCCUACUUCGUCACCUAUCCGGAGGGCUGACCCAGGGGCGUUGGCUCACGGAGGACAAGGUCGGCAGGCGAGGGAGGGCUGGGGUGCAGGGUGUCACAGCUCCUCCGGCAAGCCAGCCCUCUGGGGUCCUCCUGGAACCAGAGGGGACCCUCAGGGGCCUCCAUCCUCCUACAGGCUCUCUGCUGCUGACCAAGAAGCCCGGGCAGCCUCCCCCACCCCUCUGGAGAGAGCCCCAGACCCUGCCACCUCUCCCCGCUCUGAGACCCUCCCCAUAGGGCAUCCCUGGGGGGCCCUCCCUGGGGCCCCUCCCCGCAGGAUCCUCCUUUCCAGACCCUUCCCAGCUGUCCAGGGGCCUUGCCGGGGUGGGGGUGGGGUGUCAGGGAAAGCCUGUGGAUGUAGAGGGGGCGCAGGACGGGAGGCCAGGAGGGAGGGAGGGUUUGAGAUGGACGCUGUUUGCAGGAGGUGGGGGCCAACAGACCUCGCCUCAGCGUGUGGUGGCAGCUGCCCCAGGCCCUGGCGGGGCUGCUGAGGCUCAAUGGGUAUGUCCGCCCUUGGGGAGCAUGGGGUGGGGACCUGUGUCCUGCUCAGGACCCUGUCUCCGGGAGCCUAGGAAGCUUCGUGUGGGACAAUCUUCAGACUGAACGGUUCUGGCCACUUGGGAUUGUAGACCCUGCCAAUUUGGGAACCUCAGGCAGGAAGGUCACCUGCAGAAUGUCUCCUGAGCUCCUGCAGCCUGCAGGGCCCUGGCACAUCCCUGGCCGACUCCUCGCCAGCCCGGCCCGCUGGGGGCAGGAGCCACCACGUCCAGGCGCCCAGGGCCCCGGGGGAGGACCGGCCUGGAGCACAGAGCAGGAGAGAGCACAGCAAGGACCCCAGAAAGAGGAGUUCAGACCCCAGCUCCGACCCGCACUGGCCCUGGGCUCCAGACCGACCCUCCGCUCCCUGCUUCCGCUGACGGGUCACCGCAGCCACAGGAGGAGACAGCCCGGACGACGGUCGGCCGGCGAGCAGGGAAACCACCACGCUGUGAAGUAUCAGCCAUGAAAAGGCACGGAGGAGCCCUGACAGGUGCCACAGGAGGGCCAACCUGGAGACCGUGAGGCUGCGUGACAGCGUUUCUGUGGCCAGAUUCAAAAGGCCACAGAGCUCGUGGUUCCGUUUCUGUGACGCGUCCAGAACAGGCGAAUCCGCGGAGACGGAGCUCACAGGAGAGGUUGCCAGAGGCUGCGGGGAGGGAAGGGGUGGCCACUUGCCGGGCCGGGGGCGUCCUUUUCAGGGGUGUGGAGAUGCUCUGGAAUGAGACGGAGGUGGCCGCUGACUUGUUCACUUUAGCAUGGUUAAUUUUGUGUUAUGCGAAUUUCACCUCAAUAAAAAACCUAUUAGAAAAAGUC